AUGCCUAAGCACAAUUUUGCACCAUCGACAUGUGUUAGUAAAACCGUACAUAUCAUCACAACUACUUUGUACAUACAGAUGGAUUAUACCUUGUUUUGUUCAGGACAAAUUGAGCUUUCAUUUGGUGGUAAAUGAUCAUUAGUGCGGGACCCGGGGCUCUUGAGGAGACAGAUACGGAAAUAUGCGGCUCCAUGGAAAAAAGCAUAGUCCAAUGGGGCCGCAUAUUUGCAUAAGCUCGCUGGGAAGGGGUUAAUGUGCUUAUAUUUUGCC